AUGCCCUGCUACGGAGGGAGCCUCCAAAAAAUGUCGACCGGCGGCACCCUCAGUAACUACUAUGUCGAUUCCCUCAUAGGCCACGACAGCGAGGAAGUGUACGGUGGCGGCGUCGGAGGAGCAGGAGGAGGCGUCGGCGGCGUCGGAGGGGCUGCCCGGUUCCUUCAGGGAGGUCACCAUGCGACCCCCAGGCCAUCCUCAGGUGUGGUGGCCGAGGGCUCGGAUUUCUCCUCCUGCAGCUUCGCGCCCAAGUCGGCCGUCUUCCCAGCCUCGUGGCCCGCCGUGCACCCUCAGCCUCCGGCGCCCAUGCCCGGCAUUUACCACCCUUACAUGCCCCAGCCGCACUUAGGCGGACCGGGCGAGGGCGGCGGAGGCGGCGGAGGCAGAUACGUGCGCUCCUGGAUUGAGCCCUUCGCCUCUUUCCCCAGCAGCCCCGGCAACGGCGGCGGAGGCAACAGCAACGUCUCCGCCGCUAAUGCCGCGGCUGCUGCUGCUGCUGCAGCGGCGACGACCAGCAUCGCCUCCAACGGCGCCGGCGGUGGCUCCUCCAGCGCGCGCCACUACGGGAUCGUCAAGCCGGAGAGCGGGGCAGCCGCCGCCGCCGCCGCCACCGGUCCGGUGGGGCCCUCUCCUUCCUCCUCCUCUGCCACCGUCUCCUCUUCCUCUUCCUCCUCGUCUUGCAGCUCCGAUUCUCCUUCCAAAAGAACUGAGUGCGCGCCGUCUAGGGAGCCCUCGGGGGUCAAUGGGCCCGAGUACACGUGCAAUUCCUUCCUGGCAGAGCCCCGCGAGAAGGCGGCGGCGGCAGCAACAGUGAGCAACGGUUCUUCUCACCCGGUUGCGGCCGCCGUAGCUGCAGCCACCAGCAAUAUUACCACCACCAGCAGCAACGGCAGUACCGCCACCCCGGCCAAGCCAGCGUCUGGUUGCAGCCGCAAUGCUAGCCCCAGCAGCGAUCUGAAGGAGGAGAAGCCUCAGCAGCAACUUGACCCAAGUAAGUUAAAAAAAAUAAAAAAAAAAUCCGAGCCAGAGAGAGAAAGAAAAGAAAUUGCACCCGCUUUGAUUUAUUACCCCAACCUGUAAGGCUCCAAUGUGCAAAACCGAUAGUUUUACUAACCUAUAAAAACGUCUAGACGCCUACUCGAGCGCAAGCGGCAACAAGCAGCCAUAAAAAAGGCUCCCCAUAACCACCUACGGCCAUCAAGAAGACAUCAUUUGUACAGUAAACAGACCGGGCCAUUCAAGGUUUUAUGAUAAUUCCUCCUCAAUUGUGAAAAGAGCAGGCAUCCUCCGUUAAAUUAAUUUAACGACCUUUCUCCCCUCCCCAACCCUCUCCCCUACUUCAAUGCCUGCCCCUCUUCUCCCUCCGAACCCUGACCUUCUCUCUCCCCCCCUUCUUGCUCUCCCUUCUCCAGAUAACCCCGCCGCGAACUGGAUUCACGCUCGUUCCACCAGGAAAAAGCGUUGCCCUUACACAAAAUUCCAAACUCUGGAACUGGAAAAGGAAUUCCUCUUUAAUAUGUACCUCACCCGCGACCGCCGUUACGAAGUGGCUAGGAUUUUAAACCUGACCGAGAGACAGGUUAAAAUAUGGUUUCAGAACCGAAGAAUGAAAAUGAAAAAGAUGAACAAGGAAAAAGGGAAUAAAGGGGACUAGCGCCUUGAGGGUGUGCGUGCGUGCGUUUGUGGAAAUGUGCUGGGCUUUCUAUGAAGAUACACACAAAAGUAUCGAUAUUAAUUAUUGUCAUUAUUAAUAUUAUUAUUAUGUUGCCAGAUCCACUGGCUCGAAACUUCCUAUUGAUCCUGGUGGAUUUAUUCUUUAGAUAGCAGUAAUGUGGUCGAUGUCAGGUAUUUUGGAAAGGAAAGGGAUGGGUGUGGAGAAUGUAUUUGGUAAAAGUUGCUUCUUUCCCCGCGCCUCCAGUUUGGUUUUAAGAUAUUGUGAAUGCACGUUAGGGGUUUAUUUUAGGGGGGGAUUUAUCUAAAUACUAAAUACUAAAUGUUUGACAUGCUACUUCCAAGUGACCCUAGACUAGAGAGAGAGAGAGAGAGAGAGAGAGAGAGAGAGAGUGGCGGGGUUGUAAGAAGGGGGGACAGUCGCUUUUCCAAACUGAAGGCAAAGGCGGCGAUGAAGACGAUAAUAUUGAAUGACAGCGAGGAUUACCUUGAUGGCAAUAGUGCGUUUACCUCGGACUUUCCAAAAAGGAAAAGGGGGGAGGGAGGACUCCAGACCCUGUGCGUCGCCUUCCUUCUGCAGGUUAUGCUUAGCAAAAGUCUUGCCAUAUCAAGGCUGUGAAAUGUUUUUUUUUUUAAAUAUAAAAUAUUUUAUUAUCUCCCCCCGGCUGCCCGUUUCAUCUUCUCCAGUGCACUGUAUUAAAAGCGGUACUUGAAACAGUAUUAACUUCCACAGGCCCCGCGGCUUAACAGUUCUGAGCACCCGUCCCCAUUGCCCGAGGCCUGGAACUCUACCUAAGGACUUAAUUUUUUAAAUAAUAAUAAUAAUGUAAUUGUCAUAGGUUAUUAUAAUAAAGGCUGAGCUGGUGAAAGAACAGUAAUAAUAAUAAUAAUAAUAAUAAUAAUAAUAAUAAUAAUAAUAAAUUGACUGGGAAGAUGGGGGUUUGCGUGUGCUGGGGAAUAAGAUGUAAUGUGCGUGCAAACGCGCCCGCGGUUUGCCUUUGACUUCUCUCUGCAAAGUGGAAAUAAACAGACAGCGCCUGACUAUAAACGAAACCGCCGCCCCCUCCAAAGAGAGAGAGAGAGGGAAAGAAAGAAAAGAGAGAAAAGGAAAAAAGAAAACCCCAGUCUUUCUGCGCUCUCUGUAAUAAAGAUGUCUUGCAUAUAACCCGCAGGAAGCCAUUUGCAGGCGAAGGGACGCUUCCUCUGUUCCUAGAGAGGCAGGCGGUCUCCACCGACACAGGUUCAUCAUUCUCCACUCCUGAAUAUUAUUAUACAAAUCGUGGACAUGAAGGAAGGGUUUCAGCAGGUCAACUGUAUAACAGCUAGUACAGAGCAGGCCUGCAUGACCCUCGCCCGCCCUGCUUCCUUCCCUUCCCCACUCCUUGAUAUCUUUUCUAUUUGAACCUGACUUGCUCCCAAAUCUCUCUCCCCCCCCCCACCUCUGCCAGCAACCGAGCAAAAGAGCUGGUCUUUAAGCCACGAUCUAAAUAUGCGGAGAUACAUUCUAGGACAGGUCGAGAGCGUUUGCCCCGGGUUCAUAGCCUCUACGACCUUCUUUUCUGAGAAUAUUUCCUGGUUGCAGUUGUGAGCGGUGGACGCAUCUACUUGGUGGCGGUGCGUGGCGCAAGCUUCGUAGCCUUUCUUAAAAAAAUAAAUCCGGAACAUAACCAACCGCCCCCCCCAAAAAACCCGAAAGGUUCAUGUAGCAAUUUCAGGGGUGGGGUGGGGGGUGGGGGGGAUCUGUAGGGACAACAUAGGGCAAACCCCGCUGUCCUCAAAUAAGACUGAAGUUGGUUCAUAAUUAUGACGCCAUGUCGCUCAUUCAAAUUCCUGAACCUUAAAGACACUUGAUAGAUAUGGUGAUCAACUCUGUCGGUAUUUGUCAAGGGCUGCUUUAUAGAAUACGUCCUUUUCGAUCAUACGGUUAUCGGUACAUAUCACCAGCUAUAUGCGCGUUAUGUGUGUGUGUGUGUGUGUGUGUGUGUGUGUGCAUAUGUGAAUUUCUGAUAAGGACUUUGAAGCCACCCUGAUGUAGAGAUUUCAGCACAUGCAUAACUCGUCGAUGGAAAUAAAUGGAACGUCCAAGUGUUAAACUUUAGCUGAAUCAUGUAUGUACAUUGUAUUUAAAUACACCAACACACACAAUGCGAUUGAGGGGUGGGCGGCAGGCUUCUGGGAUAUUUUAGAGAAGGAGAGGAGCGUUGUUCUGAUGUGAGACACCAUUUUAAUUAAGCGUCUCGAGGAAAACAUGGCCUCUCAAGCCAUUUGAAAGAAGAUUUAGGGUGAAGGGAAACAGGCACCGAGACCUGGGGGUCUGUAGAUGCUAUCACUUCCCCCUUCCCCUCAGAAAGACCCACAGCGAUUAAGGCCUAGGAAAAGGUGUUGCCUUGCUUCCCCAUUCAUUGUCAACCCUAUACCUAUAAUUCUUUUUAAAACAGGAAGAACCGAGGCGUAAUAAAACCAUUGAGAAGGCUAGACGUCUGGACCUAAUGAGUUUACGAUAUGCGAUGGCGCUUUUCUCUCUUUGAGACCAUCUUAUUUUGAUGUUUGCGUUUGUUAGGAUAGAACACCGAUGCAGACAAAACCAGGUCUUAAAAUCCGUACUAUAAAUUUCAAUAUGUCACCCCGGCUGGGCGAGACAGCAGUUUGGACGCCGCUGAAGUCUGAAAAGUGAGGAGAUUAAGACCAAUUCGGCUGGGUAUGCCAAUGGACCUGGAAGUAGCCAUAUAUUAGAAAGUCAGGGGUUCCUUUUGAAAACAAAAAACAAAAAAGACGAAGAGCUUGGUGUGCAAAAAGUGCAAGAGCAACAACACCCGUAAAGGUUAGGGCAAUACAUAGAACUUGAAACGGGCGAGACUUUAACGUUGGGGAAGGUCCACCUUGGCUGGAACGGGACCGAAUCUAAACUUGCCGAGGUUUGAACCCAAGUCCACGUUUAUUUAUUUCAAAAUGCCACUGCAGCCCAGCUAUGUAGCUGGAUCUGCUUGGAAACAUGGAAACGCUGCCAUCCCCAAACCACUAGCCCUCCGCUUCCAAUAAGCAAGUAACAUUUGCUUAAGAGUCCGUUUCUUUUUUGGAUAUGUUGAGUGUCACAAUAAAGCAGAAACGUGGAUGUUGUUAUGAUUCCAAGUGUAAGUGCGCAAGCCGAAACUGACCAGCUCUCCGAUGGGGAAAGGGAGAAAUAAAAUGACAUAGGCAAGUUCAAGGCAGGAAGGUUUCUGAGCUUGAAAUCGAAGCAUAGAACAGAAACAGACAAAGCAGAAACGGGAGGUUUGGUUUUAUGCUAAUUGCACUGGAACAGCAACGUGCUUCCUCGUUCGUGUUUUCACUUAAUCUGACUUCAUUAGGCAUAAAGAAGUCGUUUCUUUGGUUAAGCAAAAUUCCUAUGAUUAAAAUCCUGUGCUCUUGAUAACAAAAGGCAGCAUUGUGUAGUCAUUGUAAACAUUUCCCCGUCAUUCAAGAUAUAGGAUUUGGCAUAUACCCCUUCUCACUUGUAAAUAUGAAGGAUAUUUCUCAUUCUUUGUAACAAUUGCACGCUCCUUUGAAUUUUUUUUUUUGCAUGACUUUAAUCGUCUUUAGCCAGCGAAAAAGAAAUAUUUUAUUAGAAACAACAACCAAGUGUUCCUUGCAAAUAUCUUUCUUUCACAUUCAUCGUAGAAAAAGCAUAAACAUGUGGCGUCAACCCGGGUUGCCGAACAAGAUUUCAUCUCACCACUAGAGGGCGGUGUUGCUCCAUAUUCUGAUAAUUUUCUGUAUUCGGCCAGGAUUAUUUGUUUAUUUAAAAUAUGUACAGGCUGUUUCUUUUAAUCAAUGAAUUUUGUGUUUGUAGCUAAAAAUAAACGAACAUGACCGUCCUUUGCUAUGAUCUAACUAAUUAAGUGGCGAGAUGUACGCAGUCAGCACCUGAAAAAGUAUCCACCCGUAUAAAUUUGCCAGUGACACCAAAUUUAAUUUCUGCAGAGUAUGGGCAUGUAAAAUAAAAGCGCGCGGGGGGCUAUUUGUGUCUACAGGC